AUGCAUUUGUCCCAACAACGAGCACUCGUAUUCUGGCGAGUAUCUGAAUAAUUUGAGGUUGGCCCAGAAGGAGAACACGAGUACCCGAAAUUAUCUCAAAGCUUGGUUUGAGAAAAUGGAAGUGGAGCCUGGUGAAGAGGUGGAGUCCAAAUACGACGAUCGAGUCCCCACACCAGCAGAUCUGAGAUUCUUUGGAGGAGACGAAUCUGAUGAGGAACCCAAUCACUCUGAUUCAUUCGACCUAUACUAUGUGGGUGAGUGUGAGAACACAACUGCUGGUCCAGAGGUUUCUGAUGGGCAAUGUUCGGUUUCGUCCCCAAACGUGAAGGAAGAUGAAAUAAAAAAAAAAAGCCACCUAAGGGUGUUGAUGAUGCUUAGAGAUAAGUGUGUCUUCUAUAAACCCUCUUUUAAUUAUAUUUGGAUUGCUGGUUAGCUGUGGAGACAUAAGGUGGAGUAGCCAACAACUGUGAUCUGUUGUUGGCAAGGGGUGUUGUUGUUUUGUUGAUGAUGUGAUAGGGUUUGGAGUGUAUUCAUGUCCUCUAUUAUUGCCUUGUUGCUUGAAACAUGUUGCCUUGUUGAUUGAUGAAUGUUGCCUUGUUGAUUGAUGAAUGUUGCCUUGUGUGC